GACCUAGAGACGCCCCUGGACUUGUCACUGCCCCAGCCCUACUCCCGCCUUCCGCACCGCCCGCCCCACUGGCCAGUCCCCCGCCCACACACCAAAGACUGCCUCAUCUGGCACUGGUUAUCUUGCUGCUGCCGCCGCUGCUGCUGAACUCAGCUGCUGCCUCGUCUCAAGGACCCCAGCAACUCUUCCCCCCCUGGCCAUGCUGCCUGCUGCCACAGCCUCACUCUUGGGGCUCUUCCUCACUGCCUGGGCCCUGCUGCCUUUCACCCAGGGCCAGACCCCCAACUACACCAGACCUGUGUUCCUGUGUGGAGGGGAUGUGACUGGGGAAUCAGGUUACGUGGCAAGUGAGGGUUUCCCCAACCAUUACCCCCCCAACAAGGAGUGCACCUGGACAAUAACGGUCCUGGAAGGCCAGACUGUGUCCCUCUCCUUCCGAGUCUUUGACCUGGAGCAGCACCCCGCCUGCCGUUAUGAUGCGCUGGAGGUCUUUGCUGGGUCAGGAACCUCAGGCCAAAGGCUGGGACGCUUCUGUGGGACCUUCCGGCCCGCACCCUUAGUCGCCCCUGGCAACCAGGUGACCCUGAAGAUGACAGCAGACGAGGGCACGGGAGGAAGAGGCUUUCUGCUCUGGUACAGCGGACGGGCCACCUCAGGCACUGAGCACCAAUUUUGUGGGGGGCGGCUGGAGAAGGCCCAGGGAACCCUGACCACGCCCAACUGGCCAGAGUCUGAUUACCCCCCUGGCAUCAGCUGUUCCUGGCACAUCAUCGCGCCCCAGGACCAGGUGAUUAAGCUGACCUUCGGGAAGUUUGACCUGGAGCCUGACAGCUACUGCCGCUAUGACUCAGUGAGCGUGUUCAAUGGAGCAGUGAGUGAUGACGCCAAGAGGCUGGGAAAGUUCUGCGGUGACACAGCUCCAGGUCCUAUCUCCUCUGAAGGAAAUGAGCUCCUGGUUCAGUUUGUCUCAGAUCUCAGCGUCACUGCCGAUGGCUUCUCAGCCUCCUAUAAGACCCUGCCACGGGGCACUGCCAAAGAAGGACCAAGCUCAGGGGAAGACACUCUGCCAGGUCCUCCGCUUCUUGUCCCCAGCUCUAAGCCCAAAGUCAAGCCUCCCACCAAGACACAACUUCCACCUAUGGAGAAACCAGAGGCUUCCCCUGAGACUGAGGCAACCCCUGUGGGCCCUGAUACAUCCAGUGUCCAAUGCCCAAAGCAGUGCCGGAGGACCGGCUCCUUGCAGAGCAACUUCUGUGCCAACAACCUAGUGGUGACUGCAACAGUGAAGUCAAUGGUUCGGGGCCCAGGUGAGGGCCUCACUGUCACUGUUACCCUCAUUGGUGCUUACAAAACUGGAGGACUAGACCUGCCCUCUCCACCUACUGGCACUCCCUUGAAGUUUUAUGUGCCCUGCAAGCAGUGUCCCCCCAUGAAGAAAGGAACCAGUUAUCUGCUGAUGGGCCAAGUGGAAGAGAACAGAGGUCCCAUCCUUCCUCCAGAGAGCUUCGUGGUUCUUUUCCGGCCCAACCAGGACCAGAUCCUCACCAGCCUAAGCAAGAGGAAGUGCCCCUCCCAACCUGUGAGGGCUGCUGAGUCCCAGGCCUGAGACCAGGCCAACUCCAGUCCCUUGCCCUUGGGCCCCCUUUCUUAUCCAAAUAAACGUGUUUUAACUGA